AUUGCUUGUAGCCCGCGUUUGAUGCUAGAAUAUGAAUGAGAUAGAGAGCUUGAAAUUUCGCUACUCAGUGUUACUUUGACAAAUAUGAGCUGAUUUAUGCUGAGUAAAAUCCGGGGAGAACGGCUAAUAUAGACAUUCUGAGCUGGAUCAAUUGCCUUUUUGAGUUUUUCAUUUUUACCGCAUAAAGGACACUGGGAAAGGAAACCAGCGCACCAGCCUUUUGCUAAUAAACAUUAGCAAAGAUGGGGAAACAGUUACUUUGCUUGGAUGGGAUGUUGAAAUUCACAGGAAAAUGGUGUAAACGGACCACAUGAGGAGGACUAACAACAACCUUUUAUCUUGCGUCUAAGACAGCAGUGCCAUCAUGUAUUCGAGUUCAAACAAUCCCUCAAAGGCCAACUCCAGCAGCAGCAGCAUCACAGAGCUCCUGAGCGCCCUGUGUGACUGCAGCCUCUCUGGGGUCUCUUGGAAGCGUCGGGCCCUCGGAGGCGUUUCCAGAGAGGGCUUCCACCGAGCCCUUAAAAAGCGGGCCUACGGCGCUUUGCUGUCUAAGCUUUUUCAAGAUGGCACCAAAGGGUCUGCCUCAAGACCCAGUGCCGCGGCCAGAACCCCACCCAGGAACAAAGUCCUGAUGAUGUGCUUUGACUUGCGAGUGGCCGGCUGCCGGGAAGAAGCAGAGGCCCUGGAGGAUCUACUGGGGCGGCUGCGUGAAGGAGCGUCCUCCGGGCUGAAAGAAGUAGACUCCGUCCUGGAGCUCCUAGUGUGCCUCGCCGGCUCCGCGCCGCCGCCUCCCACCUCUUUCAGCAGGGACUACAUGAGACGAGAGAGGGCUGUGCUACGGAGGCCGCAACCCUGGAGCUACCAGAGCGAGGAGCUGCAGCGGCUGGAGGCCAGGGCGUGGGGUCUGAUGUGCGCGGAGGAGUGGGGGACUCUGGAGACUCUGUGUGGAACUCAGAGGCUGAUGGACUCCCUGCCAAGGACAGGGUUGCUGGCUUUGAGGAUGAAAAUGGAAGCAGAAGAGAGAUUUGAGAAGGAGACGAGGAUGUCGUUGUUUGGAGCGCUGCAGCACACUCGAACAUCAGAUUUGGACAUCAGACUGGACCUCCCGCCUAUUCCCAGUAAUAUUGAUGUCACUGGACUGGCUAUCAGGGUUCCUCACUACUUGGAUCAAUCUGAGGACGAGGGCUUCCAGUCAGCCUCCAACCUGACCCCAGACUCUCAGUCAGAGGCGAGCCCCGUUCCAGAUGUUGACAUCUGGGAGGCUGUCCGCACAUUUGAGCCCAAAAGACGCCGCUGCUGGGAGUCUGUUGGCUGUCCACCAGGAAAAAGGGAGUCCUUCUAUCUGACUGAGGGAGGCAGAGAGACGUUUGACCAGCUCUAUCGGCUGUGGGAGGGAGAGAUGAGGGUCGUGAGCUCCGGCGACUCCACUCCUAUCCUCAUGCUGCCCCUGGACUCCCAGACGCAAUUAGUCUCCGACCUCCUGAACGUUCUGAUAGGAGUGGCGUCCACCACCUUCCCUCUCAACCAGAGCGUUCAGUUUGACGUCAGGCCUAGCGUGUGCGUGUCGGGAGCUUCUCCAGAGAGCGUGUCUCGUCUUCUGGGGGAGUUGGCCCAGUAUGGCACCCACUACCUGAGGCUGAGUCGCUUUUCUCUCCAGAGUGCUGACAAGAAGGGCCUAGUCUUCCAGGCGUUCACCGGUGGUCUGAGGAAGUAUCUGCAUUACUUCAGAGCUUGCGUUCUCAGCACUCCCCCCACUCUCAGCCUGUUGACCAUCGGCUUCCUCUUCCGCAAAGUGGGCCGCCAGCUCAGGUACCUGUCGGAGCUGUGCUGUGUGGACGGACCGUCGGGCUCAGGCCAGGCCGCCUUCCCUGUGGGUGUUAAGCUGCUGUCCUACCUCUACAAUGAAGCCCAGAGUAACUGCAGCAACGAGAACUAUCCCAUCCUGCUGUCCUUGUUGAAGAGCUGCUGUGAACCUUACACACGGUUUGUGUCCGACUGGGUGUACAGCGGCGAUUUUCGAGACGUUUGUGGAGAAUUCAUGAUCCAGGUCAACGAGGAUUACCUCGGUUUCAGGGACAAACACUUCUGGGUUCAAGGCUACACUCUGAUCUCGAAAGAUGUGGAGGACUGUGUGCCAGUCUUCCUGAGACACUUUGCCAACGACGUCUAUGUCUGUGGGAAGACUAUAAACCUUCUCCGAAUCUGCUGUCCACAGCACUACAUCUGCUGGUCGGAGCUGCCGGUGCCUCGCAUCGCCGUCACCUUCUCCCUGCAGGAGGUGGAGGAGAUUGAGCGGGAAUGCGCGGUGUAUCGCGGCCGCAUGGAGAGGAUCGCCAAACACAGCGCCGUCAGCAGGGAGGAGCAGGCCCUGCGAGCAGAGCGAGCGCGCCAGGAGCUGAUCAAUCAGGUCAGGGAGUCGGCGGCUAAAACCCUGGAGAGUAUCCGAGGGCGCCAGGUGUCACAGCGUCUAGCUGAGGAGGCCAAGAAAAGGGAACGCUUUGAGGAGCUGAAGCAGCACCUGGAACAGGAGCAGGAGUGGCGAAAUGCAGCCAAGAAGAAGCAGGAGGACGACGACUUUGGCUUUGCCAGAGAGCUGAGAGACAGAGAAAAGAGACUGCAAGCCCUGGAGGAGCAGCUGGAGCAGAGAGCCAGAAAGGAGCUGAUUGCUCAGUACAGCCGUCUGUCGGAGGAAGCGGCUCGCAGAGAGAGACGGGCCAUGUGGAGAGUGCAGCGAAUGAGACUCCACGAAGCCAGGGAACAGUUCUUCACGCUCGACAGGCAGAAAAUUCAGGUAUUGCUGGAUAAAUACCCCUUAGGCCAGCAGAGCCCUCCCGUGGCUGCAUUGCCAUCUGGUCCUUCAUUAACGCCACAACAAACUCACGAAUUUUCCACUCAGGAGGAGCAGUUAGCAGACAUUCGAACAUCAGAAGCUGCAUUCCUGCCACUUAAUCCGUCAGCAGCAGACCCUCCUCCCAUCUCAGAGGACUUCGACAUCAGUGACCUUCUCACUAAAUCGCUGAAGCCUGACAGUCAGCAAGUGGAUAACGCCUUGGAGGAAAUUGGCUCUGACCUACCUGAUGCCCGUCCUGCUCUCCAACUCAUUGACUAUGAUUUUAGUGCCCCCUUUAGCCCACUCGAGGGUAUCGCUGGCCAAUCUUCUUCUCAGUCCAGGCCUCGGUGGGGACCUGCAGUCCACCCUGAGUUGACGCAGCUCUCGGAAGAUUCCAGCUCGGGUACAGACCAGGGUCAGACUGAGGCAGUACCAGAACAAGAGGCAAGUGAUGAGCAGAAAAAAGAUCAAACUAUUACUGCGGGAGUUGAGGCAGACACUAAAGACCAAGACUCAGAGAGUGGAGAUACACCUGGUGGAGGUGUUCCUCUCCCAGACCCUCAGCGUUCUCUCUCCAUUGCCAACAUAAAGGUUCCAGACAGAAGCUCUCAUGGCCAUUCAUCUGAUGCUCACAUAAAGGUUGGACAGAAUGUCUCCAAGGUAACUGCUCACAUCCCCUCCCCCAACAUUCACGGCCAUGCUUCAGACUCGCACAUCAAGGUGGGCGAACACGUGUCCGAAGUUGGCGCUCCCACACCGUCCUCCGGUGCUCACGGUCACUCCUCUGACGCUCACAUCAAAAUCGGGAAAUAUGUUCCUGAGUGUGUCCCUCCUCUUCCUGUCCGUAACAUCCAUGGUCAUGUCUCGCAUGCCCACAUCAAGGUUGGCGAACACGUUUCCGAAAUAGAUGCGCCGUUACCGUCGCCAGGCGUUCACGGCCACAGCUCUGACGCUCAUAUAAAGAUUGGGGAAAAUGUUUCAGACAUUGUGACGCCGCAGUCUGCGCGUAAUAUUCAUGGCCACAGCUCUGACGCUCAUAUAAAGGUCGGGGAAAAUGUUUCAGACUUUGUGGCGCCGCAGCCUGCGCGUAAUAUUCAUGGCCACAGCUCUGACGCUCAUAUAAAGGUUGGGGAAAAUGUUUCAGAUGUUGUGGCGCCGCAGCCUGCACCCAGUGUUCACGGACAUUCCUCUGACGCCAAUAUAAGAGUGGGGGAGUUUGUGUCUAAUGUAGCAGAAGGAAGACCUCGUUGGAGCAAACACGGGCACACCUCGGAUUGUGUCCUCCAGCCGGGUUGUGUGGUCUCUGGAGAAGAACCCCCAUCAGCCCCUCUGCCUGGCAGCUCUUAUGGUCACUCCUCGGACUCAGCUUUAGGUAUCGGGUGCGUGGUCCAGGGAGAGGAGCCCAAACGAGCAGCCUUACCUGGCAGCGCACACGGACAUUCGUCAGACUCUGCUUUGGGGAUCGGAUGCGUUGUCUCAAAAGCCGACCCACUUCCAUCGCCACUACCAGGCAGUGCCUACGGUCACUCCUCUGAUUCAACGCUGGGCAUUGGCUGCGUGGUGCAGGGGUCAGAGCCGCCACCUGCUGCACUGCCAGGCAGUGCCUACGGUCACUCCUCUGAUUCAACACUGGGCAUUGGCUGCGUGGUGCAGGGGUCAGAGCCACCACCCACUGCACUUCCAGGCAGUGCCUACGGUCACUCAUCAGACUCUACUUUGGGGGUUGGAUGUGUAGUGAAAGGAAAAGAUAAGAACCUGCAAAAGACAAAGGAUGAGGAAGACAAAGUUUCUCCUUCAGGCAGCCCCACAGAUGACAGGAUGGUGUGUUGGACGACUGGUUUGUGGUUAUCCCCUGGAGAGAAGACCCAGCAGGAAUACCUCAUGGCCCUGUCCGCUCAGUACCAGGUGGAACAUUACGAGGACUGCUACAACUUACUGGCUUCGUCCCCCGAGUCCCAGCUGCUGAAGCAGGUAACGCGGGGGCCCUGGGGCCUUCCCAUGGACCCAACGCUCCGCAAAGCCACAGACACCACAGCUGUCCAGCUCAGUGAGAUGGUUUCCCUGCCGGUGCUGAUAAAGCACUCUGUCACCGCCCCGCUCAUCACGCAUGUCUCCUUGGUGAAUAAGGCUAUAGUGGACUACUUCUUUGUGGAGCUAGGGGUGGAAAGGCACUUUGAGGCGCUGCGCCACUUCCUGCUGAUGGAGGAUGGCGAGUUCGCCCAGUCUCUCAGCGAUCUGAUCUUUGAAAAGAUGGCCAGCGGCCAGACUCCGGGCGAGCUGCUGACCCCGCUGGUCCUAAACUCCAUCCUCAGUAAGGCCCUGCAGUAUAGCCUCCACGGAGACACUCCAUUAGCUCCUAACUUCACCUUCGCCCUGCGCUUCCUGCCCGAAACCUUCCACCCCCACGCGCCAGACUCCCUCAACUGCUUGGAGCUGCGCUACAAGGUGGACUGGCCGUUGAACAUCAUCAUCACCGACAGCUGCAUGAACAAGUACAACCGCUUAUUUUCGUUCCUGCUGCAGCUCAAGCACAUGGUGUGGAGCCUCAGGGAUGUCUGGUUUCACCUCAAGAGGACAGCGCUGGUGAAAGGCGCGGGCCGCUCGGUGCAGUUCCGUCAGCUGCAGCUCUACAGGCACGAGAUGCAGCAUUUUGUCAAAGUCAUACAGGGUUACAUCGCCAACCAGAUCCUGCAGGUGUCCUGGACUGAGUUCACGGCGAAGCUGGCCACUGCCGGUGACCUGGACGGCAUCCACCGCACACACGCCGACUACCUCAACAGAGCCAUCUUCAGGGGUUUGCUGACGGAGAAAGCGGCUCCGGUCAUGAACAUCAUCCACAGCAUUUUCAGCCUGAUCCUCAAAUUUCGGGCUCAGCUCAUCGCGCAACCCUGGGACAGCCAGCAGGGGGAGGCAGUGCACCCGAGCUUCAUUGCUAUGCAGCAGUCGUACAACACUUUUAAGUAUUACUCCCACUUCCUUUUCAAAGUGGUGACUAAACUGGUGAACCGAGGCUAUCAGCCCCAUUUAGAGGAUUUCCUCCUUCGCAUCAACUUCAACAACUACUACAAGGACUCUUAAGGUGCUCUCUAGUUUUCUGUUGUACAUCAUUUAAUUGGCUGAACCCUCCCUGUGGGCCGCUUCGCGAAGAUAUGUUGGAUUUAUGAUGGUGUUCAAACGUCCUUGAAAUCCCACCUCUGCUGUCCUCCAUUUAGGAACCAAACAGUAAUUAAUGUUGAGCCCUUAAUGGUUUCCAUGCACUUAAACAAUCAAGGCGGCAUGCGUGAGCUGGAGCUCAUGACUGUUGUGAUGCAUCUCGUAUACAUGCGGGCGUUCAUCAAUGUACAUUUAAAGCUAAUAUAAACGAAGCGUUCAUGUGUGAAUACAAAGUUGACAUGUGUUCUGAGUCUGUUUUUAUGUCAAAUUUCUAAAGUAAUGUGUUAAAAAAAAAAAAACUCCAAGCAAUAACUCUGUUAAGAAAU